AUGGGGCUGGUCAACCACACUCUGGUGUCUCAUUUCAUCCUCUUAGGGAUCCCCAACACCGAUGGCCUCCAGACCAUCCUCUUCGUCACCUUCUUAGCCUUCUACCUCUGCACCCUGUUGGGCAACCUGCUCAUCUUCUCAGCCAUCCUCGCUGACGCCCGCCUGCACACCCCUAUGUACUUCUUCCUCUGCAAUCUCUCUGUGCUGGACAUUGGAAUCUCUUCCAUCAGCAUCCCUAAAUUGCUGGCCAACCUCUGGGCUCAGAGCAAGGUCAUCUCGCUGGGCGGGUGCAUGUCCCAGGUCUUCUUCUGGCACUUCCUGUGCAGCACCGAGUGCCUGCUCUACACCGUCAUGGCCUACGACCGGUACGUGGCCAUCUGCCACCCGCUGCGCUACCUGCUCAUCAUGAACCGGAGGGUGUGCGCCCUCCUGGCUGCCGGCACCUGGAUCACCAGCUCCUUCCACGCCACCAUCCUCACCACCCUGACCUUCACGCUGCCCUACUGCAGGUCCAACGUGGUGGACUAUUUCUUCUGUGACAUCUUCCCAGUGGUCAAACUGGCCUGUGCGGACACGUACGUCAUCGAGACUGUGAGCUUCAUCAAUAUUGGGGUGGUGCCUAUGACCUGCUUCCUCCUCAUCCUCGCGUCCUACAUCUGCAUAGUCUACUCCGUCCUGAAGAUGAACUCAGCCGAAGGGCGGCGCAAAGCAGCCUCCACUUGCGGAUCACAUCUGGCUGUGGUGACGCUGUUCUUUGGGCCCUGUGCCCUGGUCUACACGCAGCCCCAGCUGAGCAAUGUGCUGGUGACCCCUGUGCAGAUCUUUGGCAACGUGGUCACGCCCAUGCUGAACCCGGCCAUCUACACGCUGAGGAACAAGGAGGUGAAAGCGGCUCUGAGAAAACUGAGAGGGGGGGUCCAACGCCUGCACGUUGAUGCAGUGAGGCAGCUGCAGGAGUAG